AUGACAGGAACCCAAGGGGAGAAGGAUGAGGUCCGCGAUGAGGUUGCGCAGCAGCUCGCACAAACCUCUUUCGCGUGCACCUCUCUCAGCCGUUUAUCCGGCGGCACCGCGAAUUUCGUCUAUCGCGGAACUCCUCUCUCGGGACGUCCAGAUUCUAUCAUCAUCAAACAUACCAAGGACUAUUUGUCGUCCAAUGCAAGUUUCAAGCUUGCUACUGAGAGAUGUCAAUUCGAAGGAGCCAUAUUGGAGGCACUCGACGGUCUUCAGUCGUAUGACUCUCCAGAGAACAUCAUGGUCAAAACUCCUAGGCUCUUCCACUUUGACCGAGAGACAAACACUCAAAUCCUGGAGGAUCUUCCACAUUCAAUCGAAUUGAAAACCUACCUUAUCUCGGAUGUCUCUCGUGGCAUGUCAAAGACUUCGGCACGAGCCCUUGGGCACAGCAUCGGGUCCUGGCUGCGAGCCUUCCACGACUGGGCUGCCAAGCCAGAACAGCAAGCGAUUAAAGAGGUUCUCAGCAAGAACAAAACUUUGAAAGACCUCAAGUUCUACAUUAAUUACACCCUGCUGUUGGAGACGAUUGGUAACUUCCCGGGAGUAUUAGAAGAUAGUCGCGAUAUUUUCGGAAAAGUUCGCGAUUUUGCGGCAAAUGAGCUAGAGAAGACCGACCAUGAUGCCGAAUAUAAUGUUAUUCACGGGGAUUUCUGGACUGGGAAUGUUCUUAUUCCUAACGUUCCGCUAACCAGCGACUCAAAAACAACGCUGUUUGUUAUUGACUGGGAAAUGGCCCAAAUUGGGAGCCGAGCGUUGGAUUUGGGCCAGAUGAUCGCCGAGACAUACGAAACGAAGCUCUUCAAAGACGUCGAAUGUGGUGUGUGGGCAAUAGAGGGUUUCUUGGAGGGAUACGGGCCUCUGAGCGACAAGAUGGCAUUCCGGACAGCAAUCCAUGUUGGCGCUCACCUAAUCUGCUUGGGGAGUCGAGUGCCGGGAUGGGGUAGCCAGGAGCAAGUUGAAGAGGUUGUGAAGGUUGGGAGAGAUCUUGUUGUGCAAGCAUGGAAAGAAAACAAGGCAUGGUUUGAUGGGCACACCCUCAGAUGUCUGUUUCAAUGGUGA